AUGGGAAGCAGCUCGCUCCCUAGCGUUCCUUCGCCAACGCGCGUUGCGCCACCGCACGCAAUGACCGUUGAGCAGCUACUCCAUUUCCUACAAGAGAGGAGCCAUCUUCUUACGCUGGAAAAUGAAAGAUUGCACCCACAGUACGAGUUUCUCCAGGCCUCAGUCGAUCAGAAAGAGGCUACAUUGAAAUGGCAACAGAGCCUCAUCCGCUUAGGAGAGGAGCAUGUGACCUUGCUAGAGAGAGUACUUCAAGGGCAGUCAACUGAGACGGUGUCCGCGACGGAAUCGCCGCCACAGUUCAUGGAGCAUCAGUUUCGG